AUGGUUGGCCGUCUCGAAGGAAAGAUCGCCAUAGUGACUGGCGGGGGUUCAGGCUUUGGCGCUGGCAUUGCGACGAAAUUCGUCCAGGAAGGCGCCAAAGUCCUGAUUUGCGACCUGUCCGAGCAGAACGGCACCAAAGUGGCUCAAUCGCUGGGCUGCGAGUUCCUGGUCGCCGACGUCACGAAACGCUCGGAUUGGGAAGCGCUGCUGAAAAAGGCCAUCGAUGACCUGGGUGGUCUGGACAUCGUCGUCAACAACGCCGGCACGACUUACAGCAACAAACCCACCGAGGCCGUCACGGACGCCGAGUUCGAUCUGUGCUUCAACGUCAACGUGAAAAGCAUCUACUUGUCGAGCAGUGUGCUGCUGCCGUAUUUCAUGGAACAGAAUCGACCCGGUUGCUUCAUCCAGAUUGCUUCCACGGCGGGCAUCAGGCCGCGCCCUGGUUUAACAUGGUAUAACGCUUCCAAGGCUGCCGUGAGCAACGCUACAAAAACUAUGGCGGUGGAAUAUGCGCCCAAAAAGAUUCGCUUCAAUGCAGUUUGUCCUGUGGUGGGCAGCACCGGACUACACCGAAGAGAAUCUAAAGGGCUUUGUAUCGACUAUUCCGCUCGGACGAGGCAACCGCAAGCUGACACAUCAACAAGUCGCCGAGAUUCGGGCCAACAGUUGCCGGGACUCAAGGACUGCUUAGGACAGGAAAUCAGUGCUCAACGACCUCUUCUUCCUCAACCGCGUCCUGCCGUGCCGGAAUUCUUUGUGCCAGGAGUUUCGGUGCUCUACCUCGACGGUCUGCCCAUUCGAACUUAUCUGAUUGGCGGCAUAAUAUACAAUAUGCAGCAGCCACCCAAUGAGACGAAGAGUACUGUCAGUCGAUUCACGAUUGACAGGAGGUGCAUCAGAUAUUCGCUAGAGGUCGUGCAGCAGCCCGAAAAAGCGCGAGCCUGUGGAUCUGGUCCCAGAUCUUCUAACGACCGAAGACCCGUGGAUCCACCUCCCGUGGUCGAGCUGAAGGUGUUUACCAACGAUGUCGACACCACGAUGCAAUAUGAUGCGACAUUCAUGCUCUACGCCAGCUUAGAAGUUGCCCGACCUAUAGCAGGGGGUAAAAUGCACAUACCUCCCGCCAUACCGGUAUUGGCCGGCGUCACCAUAGCGAGUGCUGCAUAUCUUGAGAAACCAAAACGAGCCGCCUAUUUCAUCUUCCCAGAUCUCUCGGUGAGACACGAAGGCUGGUAUCGACUCAGAUUCUCGCUCUUCGAAGGUGUGAAACACGAUAUGGAUGCCGAUCACGGGAAGCCAUUUGUCCGGACCCAAUCAGAUGGAGAUAAUUUGACUGCACCUGUUCGUCACGAAGGCGUCUUCAAUCGCAUGGAAGUGCUGUCAACACCGUUCCAGGUCUACAGUGCCAAGAAGUUCCCAGGGCUCAAUCAAAGCACAGCCCUGAGUAUGAUGGUGGCCGACCAAGGUUGCCGAGUUCGCAUUCGUAGAGAUGUGCGACAGAGAAAGCGACGCCAGAAAUCUGGAGCCGACGGCGACGAUGCGCGGAGUUCUUACCAAGGUACCCCCCAGGCAACCUAUCGCAACCUAGACCACUCCAGAUCCGCCAGCCGCAAUAGCAUGGUCAGUCAACUCGAGGAGCCGCCAAGACGAAUUUCGCUGGAUAAUCUCCACGACCUCCAAGAUGCUGCACUUCUACGACGCCAUGAAGCCGCAAUGGCGGCAUCUAACUCCAUCGCACCUAACCCCAUGCUACCUCUACCGACGACGUCGAUGCCUCCCCCAUCUGCAUAUAGCCAGUCUCCCUUGCGCAGGCCGUCAUUCGACACUCGGCCCAAGCCAACAUUCGCUAUGCCGACUCCCCGACCUGCGCAGCCUGCCGCACCUCUGCCGAACCCACCAUCUCUCCAAAGGCCCAUGACUCCAGAUACCGAGAAAAGUCUCACUCUGCCACCACUCAGACUCUUCGGAGCGAGCGGGCCGAAACUUGAUCCACUGGUCCCCAGAUAUAGCAUGCCAGCACCCGCUGCAACGAAAAGGUCCUUCAGCCCUGGGUCUUACAGUCAAAACGCGUCCUUAAAGGAUGGAGCUCGACCUGGAGUGCCACCUGCGCAUUGUCCACCACCCCCUCCGCCGAGCGGUAACGAUAUCAUCGAACCAGACGUCGGUGGCAAUGACGACGACGAUGAGGAGGCAGAAUUGUUCGCUGAUGCAUUGAUUUACACCCGUGCCGAUGGUACAAAAAGCUACAGAUAUCGCCCAGGGGCCAGUUAUUUUCGGUAA